AGUGUCAAAACAUUAUUUUUGUGGCAUGUUGGUUGUUGUGGCGCUAAAGUAUUUAUUUUUUAUUACCUAUCAGUAAUUUUUAAUUUGUUUCUCAUCAUCAAUUAAAACAAAUUGAACCGCUUUAUUUCAAUUACGUUAUAAUGAUAUAAUUACCACAACGUAACAAAUAUGGAGGAAGAAAAACUUCUUCGAAGAAAGAAAAAGGCUUUGAAUGGUAGUAACAGGCGGACUUUAGCUGAAGCUUGCAAUGACUUAGCGACGUAUUACUACAAACAUAAUCGGUAUAGUGAUGCGUUGGAAGAGUACAAAAAUGAAGCUUCUAUCACUAAGGAGUUGGGUCUCAAACUUGAAUGGGGAACAUGCAAUAGGAUGAUCGGUGAAAUGUACAUGUUGAUGGCUGAAUUUGAAAAGGCUCUCAAAUUUGAGGAAAGGCAUUUAGCUGUUGCUAAAGAGCUAAAAAACCAAGUUGAGGAGCAGAGAGCCAUGGCAACACUGGGCAGAAUAUACUUGCUUCAAGGACAAAGUACAACUGAUGAUCAGGAGACAAAGACUUCUCUGAAAGCUGCUGAAAAAGCUUUCAUGAAAGGGCUGGUUUUGUGUGAAAAUUUAAACGGCAAAAUUAACAAACAUGAACUGAUGGAUAUGCGAGCGCGUCUCCUCCUAAACAUUGGUGUUGCUCAGGAGCACCUGGGCUUCCUUGACAAGGCUGUGGAUUGCAUAAAGAAAGCCAUUUUGAUAUGCAACAGUCAGGAUUUGUAUGAAGUCCUACACAACUGCUAUACGACUGAGGCAUCACUUUAUUCUAAUAAAAAGAAGGAUUAUGCCAUGGCUUUAAGCUGCUUGAAUAAGGCUCUUGAAGUCGCUAGCCGUCUUGAAGAUAAGAUAGUAAAAACUUGUGAAACAUUAUCGACAAAGGCCGACAUCCUCUGCAAGAUGUCAGACUAUCAAAGUGCCAAGCAAGUGCUGCUCAAAGCUUGGAAGCUGAAGACACCUGAUGAAGAGGAGAGAGAAAAUAUUGAGUCCAAUUUGAGAGUCGUCGCUGCCAUGUGUUACACAGAAGACCUACUCAUAUCAACAGACCCAUCAGACCACUCUGCCUUCAAGAAGCUAUAUGAGAAGCUUGGAGAUGGUGCGUGUCACCUGAAGAACUAUGCCGGGGCUGUGGAGUAUUACCUGAAGAUGUUGGACCAUGCCGAGCUAAACGGGGACGUUGGGAAGACGCUCAUACCCAUUUAUGUUAGCCUGUACCAAACAUACAAAGACAUGGGUUGCUACAACGAGGCGCUACAAUACUACGAGAAAGAAUACAACCUUAUCAAGGAUGUACCCAAAGAAGCGUUCACCACACUCUAUAACAUCGCAGAGGCAUUGUUUUUGGCUAAGAAACCUUAUGACCAGGUCGAAAGAGCUUGUAUCAAUGCUAGGAAUGCUGCACGCGAAUGGAACAAAAGGAAAUACGAAAUAAGAGUACUGAAAAAUCUACUCAAAUACCAAGAGGAGUACUUUGAAACUGGCAAAAUGGAGGAUACUAAAUCGGAACUGCGCUUGUUGGGGUACGAAGAUUUCGACAAUCUGGACAAUUCUGAAGACGAACAGAGUUCUGCCGGGGGAGAGGAAGAUACCACCCAUAUUGGGGAUGAUAUAUGCCUUGAGGAUCUUUCAGAUAUAUCUGAUACAAAUGAGGAAGAUGUAACUGAAACGAAACGAGAAACCAGAAGAAGGGGUAAAGGCUUCGCAAUAAAGAAGAAUAUGAAGGGCGAAACUCAGUUGCAUGUUGCAUGUAUAUCCGGUAACAAACUGUUAGUGGAACGUCUCAUAGCCAAAGGUCACCCAGUAAAUGUCCGCGACAACGCGGGGUGGUUACCGCUGCACGAGGCCUGUAUACACGGACACGUGGAGGUGGCCAACAUACUGAUUGAUAAUGGGGCUAAUGUCAAUGACCGGGGCGGCUCUAACUGCGACGGCAUAACACCAUUGUAUGACGCAGCAAGCAACGGCCAUUUAGAAGUUGUACAAUUAUUGUUAGAAAAAGGUGCUAUUCCAUCUCUAAAAACGGAUUUUGGCGAAACCCCCCUAAAUGUCUUACAAAAAUGGCGGACCGGCACUAUAUUGACCAAAGACGAGGAAAACAUGUACAAUAACAUUUUCAAUAAAAUACACAACCUCAUAGAUAAAAAUCACACUACUGACAAAAUUGAGCAGGUACUCAAUAGAUCUAAAUCCAAAACUCCAGUCAAAGGUAGAAAAGAUAAAACUCCACCAAGUACUUCAAAAAUGACUAGCAGAAUCACGGAAAUAGCAUCACCAUCUUUCAAAAGACGUAAUAUAAUUGAUGACGAUAGCGACGAAGAUAUGGACUUAUCACAAAGUAAUCGAAAUCAAGCAGCUUUUCCUUCAGACGAUUCUAACGACUCAGAUUCGAGUGAUGACAGAUCAAAUAAAUCAAUCAAAGAUAAAAGCAAGGACAAAAGUAAAGGAGUUAAUGAAUACAGAAGUGCUAUAUCUGCUUUGAGAAACAGAAACAUUGAGGAUUUACCCGAUGUAGAUGUUAAGAAGUCUAACCCUAAACCAGCGCUACUCGGCCCUGAAGAAGUUGACGAUGACUGGUUAGAUGACGACUUAGGAAUAAAUAAUAAAUCAAAAAGAAGAAAACUGAGCGAUCCUUUGACAACUAUUACAACUAAGAAACCUUCAUAUGAAAGUAUUAAAGAUAAAGUUGAAAAUUUAAACAAAAUUGAACCUCUUUCAGACAAUAAUUGUUUGAAACGUAAAUCUCGCAUUGGUAAGGUUGUAGAUAUAAGUGAAAAUAGUUCCGAUUCUAGUGAAAAUGUCUGUCCCAAAAAAGCAGCUGCUGAAUCUAUGAGGAAUAUAAGAAACGAACUUAAUGAUUCUAAAUCUAGGGAUAGUAGAGAAAAUAUGAGACGGAGGUGGAAAACUCAAAGUACUUUAUUGAAAGCUGGCUUUCAAAGGAAAAGGGAUGAUGAAUCAAGCAAUAGUGGAAGUGAUAGUGAAUUCAAUAGAAAAAAUGAUUCUUUUAGACGAUCAUCAACACCAUUGCUUAGUCGGAAAUCAUCAAGUGAAAAUUUUGCAUAUAAUACUAAUGAUGGUUUUGGUGUGGUUCAAAAUUCCAAUGUUGUACAGCCAAUGAACAUAGUUCCUAAUGUUGUGCAACCAAUGAAUGUGAUACAACCGAUAAAUAUAGUGCAAUCGUCCAAAAACGGUCGAUCGAUAAAGACGCAAAUAGUACCGCCCGCUGCGGUUAAAGUGCAAGUGGAAGACAAAGUGUUGUUGAUAUCACUGAAAUUAGACACGAUAAAUAGGUUGACAAUCAGCUGGCUGGUUGAGGAAGUUAAAUCUAGAUAUUACAAAUUGACUGGUGUGCGGCCAAUAUUCAGCUUGAUGACGUCAGAUGGAGCUUUACUAUCAGAGGAGGACCCUCUGAGCCUGGUGCUGUCGUCGCCGGAGCUGAAGACCUGCGUCACCAACUGGAAGCCCUCCGCCGCUGAGGAGCGAUAUCUCGAGUGCUGCGACGCUUUGGGGAUAUCACCGUCUGAAGAAAUCCGCCAUGCAGUAGGAAGGAGUCACACGACCCACCGGCUAGCCCUGGGCACACAAACUUUGACGUACUCACAAAUACGACCUUUAUUCCGAGCCAUCACCCACCAGACACACAUCACCGCCAUACUGAUCCCAAAUAACAAUAUAGGAGACGAUGGGGCCAAAUAUCUAUCAGAAUGCAUGUGCACAUUGAGGCAGUUGCAACAACUAGACAUAAGCAGAAAUAACAUCACAAACGAAGGAACGAAACAUCUACUAAAUAUAUUCGAAAAAUCUAGUCGACCAAUCUGCCAGUCGCUUGAAGAUUUAGACAUAAAUUCCAAUCCUAUAUCAGACAAUGGCUUCAGAAAUAUAGUGAAAUUAUGCCAGCAUGUUCGAUUAAAAUUUUUAAAACUAAAUAAUUGUAACAUAACAGAGAAUGCUAUAAAUGAUAGAAUGAAAUCGAAUAUGAAUAUCGAUAGUUUGGAAUGUAUAGAUUUGAGUAAUAAUGAAAUUAAACAGGCGAUGGUUAGUUGGUUGAUGACGUCGUUGAAUCCGAAUAUUUUGACCGAUUUGGAAUUGGAUAAUAUAGGUGUGCAAGGCAAUGUGGUGGGGUGUAUAGCGGCCUUUAUGGAUUCGGCCAAAGAAUUGAAGGUUAGGAGGUUCAGCCUCUCCAAUUGUAAAUUAGUUGACGGGCAGUUUAUGAGGAUAUUCCGAGCUCUCGGCCGAGCCAAGCACAUCCAAGCAAUAUCACUGAAAGACAACCUUUUAACUUUCAUCACGCUGAAGAAACUCCUUCAGCGACAACCGCCAGUGCCUCAAAUCAACCUGGACGGCUGUCAAGACAUCUUCAAAUACUCGCCUGACUCAGAUUUUCAAGUGUGGCUGCCGGCUAUAGACUUUGGAAGGUGUAUUCCUGAAAUAAAUGUCACUCCUGUGUCAAAAAGUGACGCGGAGAGGGAAAGCUUCAAGUUGUUUUCGAAAACCUGGUUGAAUUGCUUCAAGGGUAGGGGAGUGAUAGAACAUUGUGAUGGUGGUGUCAUUAGGUUUACAGCUAAGUGAAUAGUGAAUAAAACUAAAAUAAAAAUUUAAGAAACCCACGAGUGUAUAAGUUGCUGGCAUUAUCUCAUUUUCUAGAAAAGAGCUAACGGUUUCCAAAUUAUUAUUUAAAUUAAAAAAUAAAACUAGAUCGAAAUCGGUUCUGCCUUUGCUGGCUGCAGCUCCUGUCGUCGGGGGUUAAAAGUAUGGGUGUGAUUUUCAAAAUCAAGAAUGUUGCGACUGUGUCGCAAAGGCCGGACUACUGUCAUUAGUAUGUUUGCAUUUUGAAAUUCUAAAGAUUUUUGUGUGUAAUGCAUAAACAUGUUAAAUAAUACAUAAGUUAAUAUUACUUCAAUUACUUCGUGUUGCCUUGUAAAAAAAUGCACAGUUUAUAAAAUUAAAAUAUUUUGAAUUAAUUUAUCUUCUGUCGGAUCCAUUAGCAGCGAAAGUCUUGGUUUUCAAUUAUUAGUAAAUAUUUUUUGAUCAGAUUUAUAUAUCCAUUUAUUAGAUAUAUAAAUCAAUUAUCAAAAAAUAUCUAUAUCUCGAAAAUCGAGUAAAAUGCAACAUUUAAGAAUGUAAUUAAGCUUGUAAGUUAUCAGUGUAAAUAACAAAUUUAAUAAAACUAUACAUAAGC